UUCUCAGAAAAGAUAAAAAAAUAACAAAAAUAUAAAUUAAUUUUUACAAUCACAGAUUAUAGUAUCGAUAAUUUAUGACGAAUCGAAAUUUUCAAUAGCAUUCUAACGUGGGUUAAAUUAACAGUUUAUUUUAACUUAACACUAUUCAUAAUUUAAAUAAACACUGUUCAUUGGCGACAGCUUGAUCGCCGAUCAAUGUUUUUGAUUCGUAAUCAAGAGAGAAUUAUAUGUAUGCUUGAUCAAAAGAGUGUAAAAAUAGUGUCAAUUUUUAAUGGAGAGAUACACAUGUCAGGUUAGAGUGAGUUUGAAUGUGUACAAUAUACGUGUACGUAUACGAGUGUAAAAGAAAAUAAUCAUUAAACUAUUUUAUAACAAAUGUGUUUAAUAUCAUAAAUAUUACAAAUGAUAAUUAAUCAAAUUCCGUGUUUUGUUCACACUUGAACGAGAACGAAACUCUGGUCUUCUGUUUUGGAUAUGGUCAAUCAAAUGGAUAACACAAAAUCUUCAAAAUACGGAUUAAUAUCUUGGAAAUUGAAUAAGAAGCCUUUGGGUUUCUUAUGGAAACGUCAUUAUCGUGAAAAUGUCAUAAAAGCAGAUGAAAACAAAUGGAAGGGAGAAGAUCCUAACACUAUCAACAUUGCACCUUGCAAACCACAAAAUAAUAGUACCAACAAAAUAUCACACGGUUUUUUUGGAAAUAUUAAGAAACAUUUUGCAAUCUGCAAAGCUAAGCAAAAAGUAAGCAAAGCUAUCACAGCCGAUCAUCUUUAUGAGACCCAACAAAUAAUGUUCAAGGUUGAAAACGACAAGCCAGCAAAAUCUUCUUUUUACAUUGACACGCCGCUGAUUGAACAUUGUCUUCCUUCUAUAAUUACAGAUAAUUCACAAGCUAAUGUCAUACAAAGUACUAUAAAUGAAAACAAUGUUAAUUGCGAUACUCAAUUUUCUUCACCUUUAGAUUGUGAAACAGAUAUUUAUUCAAAAGAAGAAACAAAAGAUCUAGAAGUACUUGACGGAGAAUAUGAUACAAGAGAUAAAAUGCAUAUCGAUUCAUUACUAGAAUCUCCAGCAUUGCGUACUACAGAUGAAAAACAAACAGUACAAUAUACAAGUAAUACGGAUGCAGAAAAUGAUAUGACAAUAAACGAUGAAAGUAAGUUGAAGGCAUGUCUCACAGAAGAAUUGUUGAAAUUGAGCAAAUAUGGUUGGUAUUGGGGUCCCAUAUCUGGAAACGAGGCUGACCUUAAACUUAUGUCAGAACCAGAUGGUGCAUUUUUAGUUAGAGAUUCAUCCGAUGAUAGGUAUUUAUUAACAUUAAGUUUUAAAUCAUCGGGAAAAUUACUUCACGCACGAAUAGAGCACAGCAGAGGUAUUUUUUCAUUAUGCAACCGUGGAGAGAGUAAAUCCUUUACUUCCAUAGCUGCUUUAAUCGAUUAUUCUAUGAACUUCAGUGAAACUGCAGUUAUUUGUUAUUCAAGACCCAAAUAUCCUGGAUGUCCAUCGUUUCCUGUAAGACUAACAAAGCCAGUUAGUAGGUUCACUCAAGUAAAAAGUUUACAGUAUCUUUGUCGUUUCGUUAUACGACAAAAUACAAGAUUGGACAAUAUUCACAAAUUGCCCUUGCCAAAAAGCAUGAAAGGAUAUAUAGAAGAGGCGCAUUAUUAAGACACGAAACGAUGCAAUUAAUUUAAUACAUGUUAAAAACUUUAAUAAUACGACAAUUAAAAUGUCAAUGUGAUAAUUUUAGAGUAUUGCUGAAAAGAAUUAAAUUUAUAUUUAGAGAUAAAUUUUUUAUGUGCUUUUGCACAUUUACAUGACAAAAGUAUUGGCAAUAUAAAAAAAACUGAACGCACAAUCGAAAUAAUUGCAUUUGUUAAAUAAAUAAUGUGUGCAUAUAGUACAUAAAAUUUGAUAGAAAAAUAUAUUUUACGAUAUCUAUACGAUGUAGUACAAAAGGUGCAUUCUACAAAUUUGAAAUAAACAGGAGGAACGCAUGUAUAUAUUGCACCAAAAAUGUCAAACGUUUAUCUAUUAUCGAUACAAUCAUUUAUACGCACAAAUUAAACUUUAUUUCUUAGAUUAGAUUAAAUAAUAAAACGUGGAAUUCUUAAUAUCUGCAUCUUGAUAAAAACUUAUUUUGAUUUGGAUCUUAUAAUUACAGUGCAAAAAUGAACUUGAACAGAUUAGCAAAUAUAUGUAUAUAAAUUUAAUGCAGACUUGUCUGCUUUUUAAGAUAUUACAUUUAUUAAUUUUGAUCGAAAAAUUUAUGAAAAUUAAUUAGAAAGGCAAACGACGUAUGUUGAUAAUGAAAUACCUUGAACGACGCGAAUUGUACGAAAAGUUAUGAAUUGCAUCGCCGAUUCCUCAUGUUUGUUACUCGUAUUAUUUACAAUUACCUUGUAUAAUCUUUAUAAACACAUAAAAACAAGCGAUUCAUGUUACAACAUUGCUUUUACGUGAUGAACGAGUACAGGUAAUCUCGACUUAACAAAUUCUUCGUCCUUUUACAAAUUCGCAUCUUUGAGAAUAGUUUUUUAAUUGGCAAAAAUAAAUUAUCAGCAAAAAAAAAAAAAAAAAAAAAAAAGAGAAAUUUAUCACAAGUUAAACCAAUAUAUGGGAAAUAUAAAAUCGAAACAGAAAUUACUUUAUAAAGGCGACGACUACUCGUAAAGAAAAAAAUUCUGUGACCAUUUAUCUUUAUACAUAUAGCUGUUUUUAAUAAACGAUAUUAAAAUUCA